AUGGGCGACGUCAAAGAUUCAGAAAACCAACACAUCGAGCAAUAUGUGCUCGAAAAUCCCAAGGCUCAAGACCCGAUAGGUGUACCUGAAGUAUUAUUGACUUGGUCUUCGGAGGAGAGAGAACAAAGGGAGAAGGCACUGGUCAGAAAGAUUGACACCAGACUGUUGAUAAUCAUGUUGGUCAUGUAUAUCCUCAACUACCUAGAUCGCAACAAUAUUGCAGCCGCAAAAUUGGCGGGGCUGCAAAAGGAUUUGAAUCUUAAGGGUAACGAGUACCAGAUCUGUGUUAGCAUCUUGUUUGUCGGAUACCUUCUAAUGCAAGUGCCUUCGAACAUGAUUCUGAACAAAUUUGGAAAACCUUCGAUCUACUUGCCCAGCUGUAUGGUAGUAUGGGGUGUCAUCUCUUGUUGCACUGCUGUCACGAAGGACUUCGGGGGCUUGCUGGCCGUCCGGUUCUUUCUCGGAUUCAUCGAGGCUGCUUAUUUUCCUGGUUGUCUUUAUCUCCUGUCGGCAUGGUACACAAGGAAAGAACUGGUCAAGCGGACCGCAUUACUAUACGCGGGUUCGUUGAUUUCAGGGGCAUUCUCUGGUCUGAUCUCUGCUGGGAUCACUAGUGGCUUGAAUGGGGCCCGUGGCAUCGCAGCAUGGAGAUGGCUCUUUAUCAUAGAGGGCUCACUUACGAUUUUUGUGGCUUUGAUCGCUUUCUUCAUCGUCCCCGAUCUUCCCAGGACUACACCCUGGUUGAGCGAUGAUGAGAAAGUACUUGCAGCUUGGAGACUAGAGGAAGAUAUUGGUGAGGAUGACUGGGUGGAUAGCGAACAUCAAAGCAUGUUCAACGGUGCAAAGCUUGCUAUCCUAGACCCGAAAACUUGGUUACUGUUAGGUCUGAUUUACGGCUGUACAUCAGCCGGCGCUGUUACCACUUUCUUUCCAAGUGUGAUGGCCGGACUUGGCAAGAAUAACAUUGAUACCUUACUCCUGACGACACCGCCAUAUCUUAUAGGAACAAUUUUUGUGUUGAUCAAUGCCUGGCAUGCGGACCGCACAGGUGAACGAUACCUUCAUAUGUGCCUUCCACCCAUUAUUGCUAUUGUGUCUUUCGUCCUGGCUAUGGCAGGAAAUAACUUUGCCGCUCGUUAUGUCGCGAUGUGCAUCAUGCUAAGUGGUAUAUACUCUAGUUAUGUUGUUGCCCUUGGAUACAUUUCGAACAUCUUGCCUCGCCCCGCCGCCAAACGCGCUGCUGCUCUAGCCUUGAUCAAUUGUCUGAGCAAUGUCUGCCAAAUUUACACGCCUUAUCUUUACCCUGAUUCCGCUGCGCCUCGAUAUGUCACCGCUUUUAGUAUUAAUAUCGGAAUGUGCGCUAUGACGAUUAUAUUUUCCACCAUCCUUCGCAUUUAUCUCGGAAGGCUGAACAAGCAACUUGACCAAGAGGAGGGUACGGAUUUGGCCACGGGCGCUAUUUCCAGUGAAGAAAAUGGCUCCGUCGUGGCUGUUAGACAGGGUUUCCGAUACUUGCUUUAA